AUGGUUGGUCUAAAAUUACCAGCUGCUCCUCUGAAGCUUAAAGCACCUAGGUAUUGUGGGCACUGUAAUGCAAAAAAAUUUCAGCAUGAAUCACUGCAUUUCUGUUGUGGAAAUGGAUCAAUUGAAUUAGCAACUAAUGAUUAUCCUCCUGCAUUAUAUAGACUCUUAACAUCUGAUGAAGAUGAUGCAAUGCUUUUUAGACAAUAUAUCCGCUUAUAUAAUAACUUACUUGCAUUUAGCUCAUUGGGUGGCAAGUAUGAUGCAGAUACAGAAAAAGGAAUUUAUGUCUUUAAAUUGCAUGGCCAGAUUUACCAUAACUUGCCUGAUUUAAUCCCUGGUGAUAAAGGUCCCAGAUAUUUGCAGCUCUAUUUUUAUGAUGGCCAAUUUGAAGCAACUGCUAGGAAAGACUGCUUUAAUCAGAUUAGACAGCAUAUUAUAAAUAUACUUAUGGAGGUAACUGAGCAUAAUCCAUACGCUCGUUUUUUCAGAUCUUUGAGAGAAAUUGACAUUGAAGAAGACACACAAAUUUUGAUCAACAAAAACACUGUUGUAGACCAACGCACCUAUAAUGCUCCUACAACAGAUGAGGUGGCUGUGAUCUGGCCUGACGAUACAUCGUCAAGUGAGUCCAGCAGCCCAUAUAUUGUUGUAAGAGGAAAAUCAAACGAUCCUCAUCGUAUAUACCAUCAUUACGGAUGUUAUGAUCCUCUGCAGUACCCACUCUUAUUUCCUUAUGGUGAUUGUGGUUGGAGUGAAGGUAUAACUAAAAAAAGCGGCGCAUCUCAGGAGCAAGGAAACUCUGCUAUGGCCUCUGCAAUACAUACAGAGGAACAUGUGCUCGAACAGGCUGCAAUACACACAGAGGAAGAUGUUCUUGAACAGGAAGCAACACGUCUAGCAGAUGCAAGUGGUACUUCAGCUAGGCAUAUUUCGCCUCGUGAAUAUUAUGCUUACAAGCUGCAAUCUCGGCCAAACAACAUGCUUCUUAGAGCAGGCCGGUGUCUUCAGCAAUAUAUAGACGAUAUGUAUGUGAAUAUUGAAAAUACUCGCCUAGAUUUUUUCCGACACAAUCAACAUGCAAUCAGAGCUGAUUUGUACCAGGGGAUCUUAGACUCAAUUGAGAGUGGCGAAACAAAUCCCAUGAAUGUUGGUCGGCGAGUUAUAUUACCUCCAACUUUUAUUGGUGGUCCACGAGACAUGAAAGCGCCGCUACUUAAAUGCAAUGGCUUUGGUUCAACGAUUUGGUAA